CCUUGCCUCCAUCCACCAUGUUCCGGUCACACCUCGUGCAGCCUGGGGCUGUCGCCCGCAGGCUGUAUUCCUCAUCAGCCGUCUCGAAAGCGCUUGCCAGCCCGUGCGCCCGCGUCGCUUCCCGAAACACUUCGUUGCUUCAGGCUGCAUCGUCCUCGAAACACGCCCUUCGCUGGGCGCCUGUUCGAGGCUACGCCGAGCUGUUCUCCCGCGCCAAGCCGCACAUGAACAUCGGUACCAUCGGCCACGUCGACCACGGCAAGACGACCCUGACCGCCGCCAUCACCAAAGUACUCUCCCUGACUGGAGGUGCGAAGUUCACGGACUACUCCCAAAUCGACAGAGCCCCGGAAGAAAAGGCUCGUGGUAUCACCAUCAACUCUGCGCACGUAGAAUACGAAACGGACUCGCGGCACUAUGGACACAUCGACUGUCCCGGUCACGCUGAUUAUAUCAAGAACAUGAUCACUGGUGCGGCUCAAAUGGACGGUGCCAUCAUCGUCGUCUCCGCCACGGACGGUCAAAUGCCGCAAACUCGUGAACAUCUCCUCCUCGCCCGUCAGGUCGGCAUCAAGAAGCUCGUCGUCUUCAUCAACAAGGUCGACCAGAUCUCAGACCCGGAAAUGCUCGAGCUCGUCGAUAUGGAGAUGCGCGACUUGCUCGGGACGUACAACUUCGACGGAGAAGGCACGCCGAUCGUCAUGGGCUCUGCGCUCGCUGCCCUCGACGGACGCGACCCCGAAAUUGGCGAGAAGAAGAUCUUGGAGUUGGUCAAGGCUUGUGAUGAAUGGCUUGAGCUCCCCCCUCGUGACCUUGAGAAGCCCUUCCUCAUGCCCGUUGAAGACGUUUUCUCUAUCUCCGGACGUGGUACCGUCGCGACUGGCCGUGUCGAGCGUGGUGUCGCCACCAAGGGUGCUGAAGUCGAGAUCGUCGGUCUCGGUGCUCAGUUCAAGACGACUCUUACCGGUAUCGAGAUGUUCCACAAGGAGUUGGACAGGGGUCAAGCUGGCGACAACAUGGGUGCUCUCCUCCGUGGUGUCAAGCGUGAGCAGAUCCACCGUGGAAUGGUCAUCAUCGCUCCUGGCUCCAUGAAGCCCGUCACCAAAUUCCAGGCUCAGAUCUACGUCCUCACCAAGGAUGAAGGUGGACGUUAUACUCCUUUCGUCCAGAACUACCGUCCCCAGCUCUUCCUCCGUACCGCCGAUGUCACCGUCGGUCUCACAUGGCCAGAGGAGACCGCCGAUGCUGACGAGAAGAUGGUCAUGCCCGGUGAUAACGUCGAGAUGGUCUGCAGUCUCGUGCACGAAGUCGCCGCUGAGGUCGGAUCCCGCUUCACUCUCCGUGAAGGCGGCAAGACCAUCGGUACCGGUAUCGUGACCAAAAUUCUCUCAUAAAGAGGCUCUGCUUGAGCUCAGCAGCUCAUCAGUCUCCGCUUCCUACGGACAGACCACCCUAAUUAGACGGUUCAGGUUCAAAUAGUCUUGACUACUUACCACAAAGCAUAUCCAUAUCCAUAUCCCAUGCAUAUGGCAUUGGUUGUUUGCUCUGUCAUCCCCGCCUCUUAGAAUCUCCCACUGCCCGAGAUCUAGCUACCUACCUACCAUCGUCACCGUCAAUAUCAUUCGCAUUUUCUCUUUGCUGCUUCUUUUCUUUUUUCGUCUGAUGAUGAUGAGCCGUCGACUUUUACUUUCUUGUUUUCUCUUUCAUGUAUAGUACCACCCCACAUAACAUAACAUAACCUCCUCCAGCUCAAUCAGC